ACUCCAUAAUUUGUCCGCCGCAGUACAGUGCUAAUGAUGGGCACAGAUUCCGAACGUGAAUUUACCACCGUAGCUUCGAUAGAACACGUGCUACACCAAAAUUUACGUUUUCAGCCCGUGGAUUAUGUGAUAUUCGUCGUAUUAUUAGCAAUUUCUGCCCUCAUUGGGGUAUACUUUGGGUUCAUUUCGAAAAUCAAGCAGAACAAUGUUGAAGAAUACCUGCUGGGAGGAAAAACCAUGGCUAAAAUUCCGGUGGCGGCAUCGCUGAUUGCAACGUCUGUUUCCGGUAUCACGUUACUCGGUGUCCCGACCGAAAUCUACGCAUAUGGAACCCAGAUAUGGGUUUUCAUGAUAUCUGCAGUGAUUGUAGGCCUCGUAAUGCACUACAUCUACCUACCGGUGUUUCACGAUAUGCAACUUACAUCCUGCUUUGCCUAUCUGGAACUGCGCUUCGACCGAGUCGUCCGUCUGACUGCCAGCUUCGUGUAUAUGCUGUCCGCACUGUUUCUGGUGCCGGUAAUCACCUAUGUUCCAGCCAUCGCACUUAGCCAGGUCUCCGGUAUGGACAUUCAGCUGACGGCGCCAAUCUUGUGCGCUGUUUGCGUAUUCUACACCACCGUGGGUGGAUUGAGAGCCGUCGUAUGGACCGACACAAUUCAAUUCCUGCUCAUGUUAGCGGCCAUAUUUGCCGUCGUUUGGCUGGGAAUUGUGGAUGCUGGUGGGUUUCGGGAAACAUGGAAUAGUGCGAAGCGUGGUGGGAGACUUAUCUUUUUUAACUUCAAUCCAGAUCCAACGCAAAGGACCUCUUUUUGGAGCAUGCUGUUUGGAAUGACCUCCAAUUGGAUUGCCGUUUUUGGGAUCAAUCAAGCAUGCAUCCAGCGAUUCCUGGCCGUUCCAACGCGACAGGCAGCCAAAAAUUCCCUAAAAAUAUACGUCAUCGGAUUGAUUGUCAUUAAUUCGUUGGCCUGCUUUUUGGGCUUACUAAUGUACGCCCAUUACGAGACAUGCGAUCCCAUGGCUACCAAACAAAUUGAAAAGCUAGAUCAGGUGGUUCCAUUCUACGUGAUGAAUGUUGGCAGUAAAAUUCCCGGUCUUCCCGGAUUGUUCAUAGCUGGUGUUUUCUCAGCGGCACUAUCAACCAUGUCGUCAACCUUGAACACACUCACCGGAACAAUUUACGAGGAUUUCAUUCGUGUUCAUCGUCCCAAUGCCACCGAGAAAUCGUCAAGUACAACGAUGAAGAUCAUAGUCGUAGUGCUGGGACUAGUCGUUUUGGCUUUAGUUUUCGUCGUAGAAAAGAUGGGUUCAAUUGUUCAAAUGGCUGUCUCGUGUACUGGUGUUAUAUCUGGAUCUGUGAUGGGAAUGUUUACCCUCGGAAUGAUGUCGCCGAGAUGCAACACGAAGGGAGUCGUUUCUGGAGUAAUAGUGUCAAUCGGAUGCAUGGUUACACUUUGGAUUGCGGCAUUGGGAAAACUGCACUACGAGUUUCUUCCUCUCAGAAACGACGGAUGCGAUGGUGUUGCAGACUUGUCUAUGUCGAUGAGUUUCACGGCUCAUCAAAAUAAUUCACAAGCAGAGGAAAAACUGCCAUUCAUAUUUAGAAUUAGCUUCAUGUACUAUUCGUUGCUCGGUUUACUGAUAUUUCUCGCCGUAGCGUACCCAGUCAGUGUUUUAACUGGCGGAAACAAGGUUUUGGACCAACGGCUACUAACACCAUUUGCGAGGAGUAGGAACGAAUGUAUUGUUCAGAUGUUGAAAAUAAGUGGUGGUGGUAUUAAGGAUGAUUCACCGAAAGAUAAAUUUUGAAUUCUAAGCUUGCUCUCAUAUAAUUGAAAUAAGCCCAGAAGACGAAGAAUUAAGAAACCUAGAAUCAGAUAUCAACUGAUUACUCAAUGAGAAGCCAACAAUUAAGGACUAGUGUGACAUGGCAUUUUGAACUUUUCAAGGGGAAUGAUUAUCAUGCUCGUCACGGGUGUG